UCUUCUCUGCUCCUCUCAAGUGAUAUACAGAGCUCUUUACCUCUUUCUCUAUCGCCCUCCUUCCAUGACUUGCUGCAGAGAGAUGGAAGGCAAGCGAGCCCACGACCCGACGGGCUCAACAGUAUGGGUUUCUGGCCCGAUAAUCGUAGGAGCCGGGCCCUCGGGUCUCGCCGUCGCGGCCUGUCUGAAGGCCAAAGGAAUACCGAGUCUAGUUAUAGAGAGAAGCCACUGUAUUGCUUCGCUGUGGCAGCUGAAGUCGUACGACCGACUUCGGCUUCAUCUUCCUAAGAGCUUCUGCGAGCUUCCGCUUAUGCCUUUCCCUGCAGAGUUUCCGACUUAUCCGACGAAGGAGCAGUUCGUUUCACACCUUCAGUCCUACGCCGCAAAUUUCAAAAUCCAGCCGGUGUUUGGGGAGGCGGUGGUGAACGCAGAGUAUGAUAUCCGAGGAUUUUGGAGGGUGAGAACGGAGGGGAUGGGGAAGAGAAGAGAGUAUGUUUCGAGAUGGGUGGUGGCGGCGACCGGGGAGAAUGCAGAGGAGGUGGUGCCGGAUAUCGCCGGAAUGACGACGGAGUUCAAGGGGACGGCAGUGCACACAAGCAAGUACAGGAGCGGGGAGGUUUAUAACGGGAAGAAGGUGCUUGUUGUUGGCUGUGGAAAUUCGGGAAUGGAGGUUUGUCUUGAUCUCUGCAACAAUGGAGCUCGGCCAGGGAUUGUGGUGAGAGACGCGGUUCACAUACUGCCCAGGGAGAUGCUUGGCCAGUCUACUUUUGGUCUGUCAAUGUGGUUGCUCAAGUGGCUACCCGUACAAAUAGUGGAUCGUCUGCUACUAUUCUUCGCCCGCAUGAUGCUCGGGAACACGGCCCGGCUAGGGCUCCGGCGACCCAAGCUCGGGCCUCUUGAGCUCAAGGGCUUGUCAGGAAAAACACCAGUUCUUGAUGUUGGCACCCUAGCUAAGAUCAAGUCAGGAGACAUCAAGGUUUUUCCUGCAGUCACAAGAUUCACAGCUGAAGGGGCUGAGUUUGUUGAUGGGAGAUCAGAAGAUUUUGAUGCUUUGAUCUUAGCAACUGGGUACAGAAGUAAUGUGCCAUCUUGGUUAAAGGAGAAAGAUUUGUUCUCAGAGAAGGAUGGUUUGCCUAGGAGGCCCUUCCCCAAUGGAUGGAAGGGAGAGAGAGGGCUCUAUGCAGUUGGUUUUACAAAGAAAGGCUUGCUCGGUGCUUCCAUUGACGCUUCGAGAAUAGCUCAAGACAUUGAGCUAUGCUGGAAAUCAAAGGCCCAAGCAAUGAAUAAUAUAAUUAUAAUGGCUUCUGCCACCGGCAACAGAACACGAAUGGGCUGUUGCAGA